AACCUCGUAACUCAUAAAUAGCUACAAAAAGAGCAAACCAGGCAUCGAUCGAGCAGUCCCCUGCCACCGUCAAGUGCUAAAUCAAAAUAACCCUAACGGCUAACACCCUCUCAAAUUCCAGAAUAGCUUUUUCCAAGUUAAAACUUAUCUUUUGGUUUAAAUCUUGUUAUAUUCUCUCUCCUCACAUUGAAUCUAUCCGACGUUUUCCCUCUCCCUCUUUCUUCGAAAACCCUGAACCAUAGCCCUCUUGAAAUCCCUAGUUGAACCAUUUUGAUACCUUGUCAGUCGUCACUCAUUGCGAGUUGGUGUUCCCUGUAAACUGACAUAUAAGGCUUGGGGCAAAUCAAAGAUACAGUAGGCUCAAACAAACACAAGUAUUUAUCUGUUCAACAUCAACUAUGGGCAAAAACGUAGUCUCUGAUGAAGAAGAUGAGGUCGAGCUUGAAGACGAGGAGAGAGAACCUGUAGACGCUGAUGCGAUUGACGAUGGUGAAGAUGAUGAGGAGGACGAAGAAGGACAGGACGAAUAUGAAAAGGAUGAUUUUAUAGUUGAUGAUGUUGAAGAGGAAGAAGUAGAUGAAGAAGAAGAGAGGGCUGACAGUGAUGAAGAAAGGCACAAGAAAAGGAAGAAAAAGAAAAAAAGAGAGUCUGAGGAUGUCCUCGAUGAAGAUGAUUAUGAACUCCUUCGAGACAAUAAUGCUUUCCACCACCGACCGAAGGAUAGUAAAAAGUUCAAGAGGUUAAAAAAGGCUCAAAGAGAUUCUGAUGAAGAGCGCUUCGGGCUUUCUGAUGAGGAGUUUGAUGGAAGUGGUAAAAGUGGGCGUACUGCUGAGGAGAAACUUAAGCGCAGCUUGUUUGGUGAUGAUGAAGGAGUACCUCUUGAGGAUAUUGCUGAAGAGGAGCAGGCAGAAGAGGAAGAGGAUGGAGACAUUGGCGAGGAGGAUGAAAUGGCAGACUUUAUUGUGGAUGAAGAAGUUGAUGAGAAUGGAGCUCCAAUGAGACGGAAAAAACUCAAGAGAAAGAAAUCUAGGCAGGCACCAGGAGUUACAUCUUCUGCUAUACAGGAAGCUCAGGAACUAUUUGGUGAUGUUGAUGACUUCUUACUCCGACGCAAACAAGAGUUAGAAUCUAGUGAAUGGAAGGAAACUAGAUUGGAUAGGGAAUUUGAACCAACUGUUCUCUCGGAGAAAUAUAUGACUGAGAAAGAUGAGCAAAUUCGGGUGACUGAUAUUCCAGAAAGAAUGCAGAUCUCUGAGGAGAGCACUGGUCCUCCUCCAACAGAUGAUGACAGUAUAUCAGAUGAGAGCAACUGGAUAUAUAAUCAGCUUGCUAGUGGUAUGUUACCUUUCUUUCGCCAAAGAAGAGCCGAGUUGAGUGAAGAAGAGCAGGAUGAUGGUCCUUUAAACAGGGACGACAUUAGCCGAUUUUUAGAGUUGCACCAUGUGCAGAAGUUAGACGUUCCAUUCAUUGCUAUGUAUCGGAAGGAGGAGUGUUCAAGUCUGCUGAAAGAUCCUGAGCCACAAGAUGGUGAUGAUGAGAACCAUGACAAAUCUGACUGCAAUUCUAUGCUGAAGUGGCACAAGGUGCUUUGGGGAAUUCAGGACUUGGAUAAAAAGUGGUUACUUCUUCAAAAACGAAAGACUGCUCUCUAUUCUUACUAUAAUAAACGAUUUGAAGAAGAAUCCCGUCGGAUAUAUGAUGAGACGAGACUCAAUUUAAAUCAACAACUUUUUGAUUCAAUUCUUAAGUCUCUCAAGGCUGCAGAGUCGGAAAGAGAGAUUGAUGAUGUUGAUGCAAAGUUUAACUUGCAUUUCCCUCCUGGUGAGGUGGGUGUUGAUGAAGGACAGUAUAAGAGGCCCAAGAGGAAAUCACUAUAUAGUGUCUGUAGUAAGGCUGGACUAUGGGAAGUUGCAAACAAGUUUGGGUGCAGUGCUGAGCAACUUGGAAUGUCUUUGUCCUUAGAAAAGAUUGGGUACAUAUGGGAAAAUGCUAAGGAAACACCAGAGGAGAUUGCAUCGAACUUUACAUGUGCAAUGUUUGAAACUCCCCAAGCAGUUCUUAAAGGGGCUAGACACAUGGCUGCGGUUGAGAUAAGUUGUGAGCCAAGUAUUAGGAAAUAUGUUCGCGCUAUGUAUAUGGAAAAUGCUGUGGUAUCCACAACCCCAACUCCAGAUGGAAAUGCUGCAAUAGAUUCUUUUCAUCAAUUUGCAGGUGUGAAGUGGUUACGUGAAAAGCCAAUGAACAAAUUUGAGGAUGCUCAAUGGCUUCUAAUCCAAAAGGCUGAAGAGGAGAAGCUUCUUCAAGUAACAUUUAAGCUUCCUGAAAAAUAUAUGAAUAAAUUGAUUGGUGAAUUUGAUGAGCAUUAUCUCAGUGAUGGUGUUAGUAAAUCUGCUCAGCUCUGGAACGAGCAGAGGACAUUGAUACUGAAGGAUGCACUGCAAAUUUUUUUGUUACCUUCAAUGGAGAAAGAAGCAAGAUCCUUAUUGACAAGUAGAGCAAAAAACUGGUUGAUUUGGGAAUACGGGAAGGUUUUGUGGAAUAAAGUUUCUGUGAGUCCAUAUCAACGGAAAGAAACUGAUGUUUCUCCAGAUGAUGAAGCUGCACCACGGGUCAUGGCAUGCUGUUGGGGCCCUGGGAAGCCAGCCACGACUUUUGUUAUGUUAGAUUCGUCAGGGGAGGUACUAGAUGUACUUUACGCUGGGUCUCUUUCCUCGAGAUCUCAAAACAUCAAUGACCAGCAACAGAAGAAAAGGGACCAGCAACUUGUUUUGAAGUUCAUGACGGAUCACCAACCGCAUGUAGUUGUUCUAGGAGCUGUGAACUUGUCUUGUGUAAAGCUGAGGGAUGAUAUUUACGAGAUUAUCUUUAAGAUGGUGGAGGAAAAUCCUAGAGAUGUUGGACAUGAGAUGGAUGAAUUAAGCAUUGUAUAUGGUGAUGAGUCUCUAUCACGCCUUUAUGAAAAUUCUCGGAUUUCUUCCGACCAACUAGCUGGGCAGCCAGGCAUUGUUAGGCGGGCUGCUGCUCUUGGCCGUUAUCUACAGAAUCCAUUGGCAAUGGUUGCAACCCUUUGUGGACCAGCAAGGGAGAUUUUGUCUUGGAAGCUCAGCCCCUUGGAGAACUUUCUUACUCCUGAUGAGAAAUAUGCAAUGGUUGAACAGGUUAUGGUAGAUGUCACAAAUCAGGUGGGCCUUGACAUUAAUAUGGCUACCAGCCAUGAAUGGUUAUUUGCCCCUUUACAAUUCAUUUCUGGGCUGGGGCCUAGAAAGGCAGCAUCCUUGCAGAGGUCUCUGGUGAGGGCUGGAGCAAUUUUCACUCGAAAAGACUUUGUGACGGUCCAUGGACUUGGUAAAAAGGUGUUUGUAAAUGCAGUUGGCUUUUUACGUGUCCGGCGUAGUGGGUUGGCUGCUAGCAGUAGCCAAUUCAUUGAUUUGUUAGAUGAUACAAGAAUACAUCCAGAAUCUUAUGGUCUGGCUCAAGAGAUGGCUAAAGAUGUUUAUGAAAUGGAUAAUGGUGACGCAAAUGAUGAUGAUGAGGCGCUGGAAAUGGCAAUAGAGCAUGUUAGAGACCGACCUAGUUUAUUGAAAACAAUCGAUCUUAAUGUGUAUCUCAAAGAUAAGAAGCGCGAGAACAAGAAGGAGACUUUCAAGGAUAUAAAAGGGGAGUUGAUACAUGGUUUUCAGGACUGGCGUAAACCGUAUAAAGAACCUAGUCAAGAUGAGGAGUUCUAUAUGAUUUCUGGUGAAACUGAGGAUACGCUUGCUGAAGGAAGAAUAGUUCAGGCCACUGUCCGCAGGGUGCAAGGUCUAAGGGCAACAUGUGCACUGGAAUCUGGACUGACUGGAAUGCUUUCAAGGGAAGACUAUGCAGAUGAUUGGAGAGACAUAUCUGAGCUGUCUGAUAGGCUGCAUGAAGGUGACAUACUCACCUGCAAGAUCAAAUCCAUUCAAAAGAAUAGAUAUCAGGUGUUCCUAGUUUGUAGAGACAGUGAGAUGAGGAAUGACAGGUAUCAGCAAAUCCGAAACCUUGAUCCAUAUUAUCGUGAAGAUCGCAGUACUAUUCAAAGUGAGCAAGAAAAGGCUCGUAAAGAGAAGGAGCUUGCGAAGAAACACUUCAAGCCAAGGAUGAUAGUUCAUCCUCGCUUCCAGAAUAUAACAGCUGAUGAAGCAAUGGAGAUCUUAUCUGACAAGGAUCCUGGGGAAAGUAUCAUUCGUCCUAGUUCUCGUGGGCCAUCAUAUUUAACUCUGACUCUUAAAGUUUAUGAUGGAGUUUAUGCACACAAGGACAUAUCUGAAGGUGGAAAGGAACACAAGGAUAUUACAAGUUUACUUCGAAUUGGAAAGACACUGAAAAUUGGGGAUGACACUUUUGAGGAUUUGGAUGAGGUAAUGGACCGUUAUGUUGAUCCCUUGGUGUCUCAUCUAAAGGCAAUGCUAAGUUAUCGCAAGUUCAGAACUGGAACCAAAGCAGAAGUUGAUGAGCAACUAAGGGUUGAGAAAUCGGAUUAUCCUACAAGAAUAGUUUAUUCUUUCGGAAUUUCUCACGAACAUCCAGGAACAUUCAUUCUGACAUAUAUUAGGAGCACAAAUCCACAUCAUGAAUAUGUUGGUCUAUAUCCUAAGGGAUUCAAGUUUCGGAAGAGGAUGUUUGAGGACAUUGAUCGGCUUGUGGCAUAUUUUCAGAGGCACAUUGAUGAUCCUGUGCAUGAAUCGACACCAUCCAUUAGAUCAGUUGCUGCCAUGGUACCAAUGCGAAGCCCUGCUACUGGGGGCUCUUCAGGGUCAUCCAUGGGUAGUGGCUGGGGUGGUUCCACAAAUGACGGUGGAUGGAGAAGCCAGUCUUUUGAUAGAGAUCGUUCUUCUGGCCCUGGUUCCAGGACAGGUCGGAAUGAUUAUAGAAAUGGAGGUAGUAGAGAUAGUCAUCAGAGUGGGUUACCAAGGCCAUACGGUGGGAGAGGACAUGGUCGAGGCUCUUAUAACAACAGAGGAAAUGACAGGCAGGAUUCUGGUUAUGACAAUAAUUCCAGAUGGGAUUCUUCUGCUAAGGAUGGUGAUCCAGGUUGGGGCAGUUUCCCUGGUGCUAAAGUCCAGAACUCACCUGGCAAGGAAGCCUUUCCUGGUGGCUGGGGAAGUGGUGGCACUGACACUGGGAAUUCUGGAUGGGGUUCUGGCUUCAAGAGAGGUUCGUCUGGGGGUGGGGGUGGGGGUGGGGGUGGGGGAUAG